AUGACGGUUCUAAACGAAUUCAAUUCGGACAACACUACGGCUUCAUACGUCAUCUGCCUAUUGACUGGACUCACGCUUGGAUCUGGACCUCUAGCAUCUGCAAUUUGCAAUAAAUUCGGAUGCCGAAUAACCGCUAUUGUAGGUGCUUGCAUUGCUAUCUCAGGGUGCAUCAUAUCGUCAUUUGCAACAGCCAUGUGGCAGUUGGUGAUCUCCAUAGGAGUAAUUAUGGGAGUUGGUUUUGGCCUCUUGUAUUGCCCAGCUAUUGUUGCAGUGACGAUGUAUUUUGAAAGGUGAGC